UGGCUGUGGUGUGUGCACAUCGAGACAAGACGAAGUGGUGCGUGCUCGCAAAGGAAUUCGCUGCGGACGAGGCGACGAUCAUCCGUUUGUUUUUCCCCCCUCGGCACAUACCGCACGAGCACAUUCUUUCCUCGCGAGGAAAAAAGAGACGGACUGCGGCGUGCGUUCACGAGUGUGCGUGCGUGCGUGUUUUGAACGUCGCUGCGAGGAGAAAGAAUAGCCGAGGAAGAGCCAUGAGCGAAGAUAGAAGCGACGAGGACUCGAUAAUGGAUCUGUGGUACUCAAAUUGGGAGCAGCAGUGCGUGGAGGCAAUCGAGGCUGAGCCGGAUUACGAGAGUCAGCUACAGGGUGAAAAGGAACUCUACUCACAGCAGAUAUGGUCAAGUUUUCAGACGACAGCCACCGCCAUCGCCCAGCUUUAUAAAGAUCGCUCACAGGGCACAUCCUUUUGGUCGCCUUUCCAAACGGCUGCAGGCACGGUCACCUCCUUGUUCAAAGAGUCUGCCAAUGGAAUUCGACGAUGUGGUGAAUUAGGCGUAGAAGCCGGAAAGCAGAAACGCAGUAAAGAAUUAAUGAACUGGGCGAGGAAAAAAAGACGUAUGAUACGUCGGGAAGACUUAUUGGCAUAUCUCGCUGGAAAACCACCGCCGCCCAGACCACAUUCGCACAGGAGUUCUCCUAAACCCCGUAUGACAGUAUGCGGAUCUCCCCCUUCACAGAGCCCAACAGCAAGUAUGGUUGUGUCUUCAACACCGCCACCUGGCAGUGAACCAGAUCCAGAACUACACACAUUUCGGGAAGCCAUCGCCCUUUCGGGCUCACCGAUGUCACGGCGUACCGGACGACAGACCGAGCUCUCGGCCUUCAUCAGUAGCGAAUUCGCCCGGCAUCACAAGCGACCAGCGUCCCACGACGUCGAUAUGGGUUCACCCACACAUAAGCGAACGCGCUUCAUGUAACAGUGCGCGAAGUGUUGUAUGAAAGCAGUCACCAAUCGUACGAGCUCAUUACUCUCCUUUUUUUUGUUCCCUGUAUCGAUUAAUUAAUACGACAAAUUUAUUCGUCAUAAUAAUUUUUCCGAACUUCACCCAUGAAGAAGUCGAAUAUAUACAAGAAAAGAAAACACAAAAAGAAAGAGUCCUUGUUUACGUGCGUGAGAGAAUGGGAAAAUGAUUGCGUACACGUAUGCGAAAGUAAGAGUAGGAGAGUGCAAAUGAACGAGUGCGCGUAUGCAUGCGCGUGUGUCCAUGUGUCUUCGCGCGCG